AUGAACCUUUAUAAGUGUUAUAUGAGUCACUGAGAAGAAGUGACAAAGAAAAGAGAGGAAAAAAAAGUCGUAGCUAAUGAAUUUCACUUGCAUGCCAAAUGAGAAUAGCCUCCUCCUCCACCUCCUUCUGCUCUUCUUCUUCAUCCAAAAAUAAGCAACUAAACUCCAUCAUCGCUGUAGAAAGAACCACAUAGUGAUAAUUUAGUUUUCUUCGGCAAUAAAGAAUGAGGGUUUCAGCGGAGAAGACGAUGUCGUUGGAGACCGAGGCGGGGCGAGAGAGCAAGAAGAUAAAGCGCAUUCGCGACUCGAGCAAGCACCCGGUGUACCGCGGCGUGCGGAUGCGGAACUGGGGGAAGUGGGUGUCGGAAAUCCGCGAGCCGCGGAAGAAGUCGCGGAUAUGGCUAGGCACAUUCCCGACGCCGGAGAUGGCGGCGAGGGCGCACGACGUGGCCGCCCUCAGCAUCAAGGGCUCCGCCGCCAUUCUGAACUUCCCCCACCUGGCGAACUCCCUCCCACGCCCGGCCUCCCUGGCGGCGCGCGACGUCCAGGCGGCGGCGGCGAAGGCGGCGCACAUGGAGCCGUCCUCGCUCUCGUCCUUGGUGUCAGCAAUGGACCUGUCCUCUGCCUCAGACGAGUUGACUGAGAUAGUUGAACUCCCGUCCCUGGAAAGCACCGACGAUGGGUGUGUGGAGUUGGAGAAGGAGUUCGUUUUCGUGGACUCGGUGGACACGUGGAUGUACCAGCCACCACCCUUUGAUUUUGACGCGGAACGGGACAUUGCCUUGGAGGGUCUGGUGUGGAAUUACUAGGUUCUUCUUCUCCGUGGCCUGGUGUUGUAUAAAUAUUCAAAAUCAUCUCUUUUGUACGGUUUGGUUGGUUGGUGUGUGUUGUCUUAGCGGUGAGAGCAGCCACUUGUGGUUUUUCUUUCAGGGGCUGUUAUUCUUCAUCGUCUCUGUGUGUGUCUUUCCUUAACUCCUCUCAUUUUAAUUGUAAAUGGGUAGAACAAAUAAAGUAAGAGGACAACAUUAAUUUGUGUUUCUUUCUAUUCGGAGUCUGGUUUGGUUUAA